AUGGCUUCGAACACACUCAUUGAUGGUGUAGAUGAUAUUGAGUUGAUACUGCGUAUAACUUUUACAAAGCUUACAUAUAAGCUGGAGGAGGGUCAAAAAGAGUUUCGACCUGUCGAUACUUUAGUCGAACAGCCGUUUGAUAGGUGGGUACGUAGGGUACCAUCCAAAAGGACCGGAUGCCAAGCUGCGAUCAGAAUAAAGCUUACCGAUGACAAGAAGUAUUUGUUGUAUCAUUUUAAAGAGGCGCACAACCAUGAUUUUGUGCACGAAGAAGAUUUACAUCUUCUCAAGGAAAACAGGGGUAUUAAUCGUGCACACGAAAAGAUGAUAAACAAGAUGUCAAAUCUCAACAUUGGUCCUGUUCGUGCAUUUAACAUUAUGAAGGAAGUGUAUGGUGGGUUCGACAAAGUCGGUGCGACCAAAGUCGAUUUUAAAAAUUUCAAGAAAGAAUUAAAUCUUUUUAUCGGAGAGUUUGAUGCUGAAAUGUUUGUCAAGCGACUAAUGAGGAAAAAGGAGUUUUUACCGAACUUCUCUUGUGAAUAUGAAACGACAGACGAAGGUGUGUUGAAGUGCAUUUUUUGGGCCAACGAGGAUAUGAAGAGGAAUUAUUAUGUGUUUGGAGACGUUAUAUCAUUUGAUGCUACCUACAAGCGUAACAAGUAUAACAAGAUGUUUGUCCCUUUCACUGGUAUUGAUAAUCAUAAUAGGAACGUCACACUUGGUGCUGCAAUUCUCGGUUCUGAAAUGGCAGAGACGUAUAUCUGGCUACUUAAGGCGAUCAAGAACGCAUAUGGGUACGCGCCUCCCGUAAUCGUUACUGACCAAGACCCUGCGAUGAAAAGGGCUAUAGCUGAUGUUUGGCCUGAGUUGAGGCAUCGGUUAUGUAUGUGGCACAUCAUGGAUAAACUCACUACAAAGGUCGGGGCUGCCCUGUGUUCAAAUACAUAUUUCAGGAAAAGAUUGUCUGUAGUUGUUUGGACUGAUUCUCUAUUGCACGAAGCGUUUGAGAUUGAAUGGGCAACCAUUUUAAAUGAUUUCGGUUUAACCGACCAUGAAUGGCUGACGUAUAUGUACGGGCUACGUGAAUCAUGGAUUCCAGCUUACUAUCGCGAAGAAGAAAUGUCUGGUCUUAUGCGGACAUCAUCUAGGUCCGAAAGCGAGAAUCACUUUUUUGGCAAGAUUGGCAAUCCAAAGUGCACGUUGGUUGAAUUUCUUAGCCACUUCGACACAACUAUUGAAGCGCAAAGACACGAGCAUCGAAAAAACGAUCAUGACACUCGAUACACCAACCCUGGAGAGUGGAGUGUUUUUGUUCUCGAGAAGCAAGCAGCUCAGAUAUAUACCAAAACUAUAUUUUUUGAUGUUCAACUCGAGAUUCAACAUGCUAUUCAUCGUUGUACUAGUGUCAGAUUAGAUCACGUUAUGAUACGCGAGGAGGAUGUUACUACGCGUGAAGCUGUUCCAAAUAGUUCCCCCGGGUCCAUUCUUACGGAUGGUGGAGAUCCAGAUCGUAGUGAGGAGGUUAACCGGUGUGUUCGUGAGAUUAGUCACGCAGCUGAGUAUGUUGUGAACAAGUUGAUUUCAAAAUUUGAUCAUUUGUGUGAUUUUCGUGAUCAUAUCAAGCAGUUUAUGUCAGUCGCUGAUGAAGCUCAGAUAAAUGCACUUCCCAAGACACGACGUAAUCGAUUUGCUGAACUACUGGGAGUUGCUCCAGAGAGCACGACGAUUAUCCGUGUUCUAGUUGGUACCAGGUUCAAGGGUUGUGGUUCUCAUAAACGCCUUAAAUCUCAAAAGGAGCGAGCCAUAAGUCAGUCUGGAACUAAACGUCGUCAAUGUUCAUUAUGUAAAAAAUAUGGUCAUAACAGAGUAACAUGUUGGAAAUACAUCGUGGCUGUGCCUGAGGCAGGUGAUUCGCGGAAUGCUAAAGGUAAUGAAGCUACAAUUGGUGAAGGAGACGCUGCUACAGUUGUUGAAGGUGAUGGUCCUGGAUCAAACAAUGCUGAUGAUGUGUUUUACACAUUUGGAAACGAUGCAGAUAUGGAUGAUGAAGACAUGGCAGAGUAG